AUGUCACCCAGAUAUCUCAACCAAAUCAGGCAAUCGUCUAGAACUUCGCAACGACAACGAAGACCAAUAACUGCAAUUGGAAAGAAAUCGUCGACACAACGUCGAUCAUUGAUACGAGCACGAUGGUCAUCGUCAACAUCGCCAGGGCCAGAAUUAGUUAGAAUGUCUCGAUCGCAAGCAUCGUCACCAUCGCCGCCAUUGCCUCAAAAAUCGAUAGCACAGCCAAGAUCACUAUCACCUAUUACUUCUCUAAAAGUAAAGCAUAUUAUUGUGGAAUCUAGCAAAACUGUCAUUGGCAUGGUACCAGUUUCGCUUGAAACCAAUCACGAGAUAGAUAACAGCGAUUCCGGAAGCAAAAACGAAAAAAAAGAUGAUAUUAUCUAUCCAGAAAAUAUUACUGAUCUUUAUCCAUAUACAAUAGUUGCACGCUACCGAAAAGCUCUUGAUGAAACGACAAAUUUUCGUCUUAAACCAAUUCUUGUAGGCAAAGACUGGCCGGAAACAUUCAUUCUCGGGAUAGAAAUUUUUGUUCAACAGCAUAGUUGCCACUUGAAUUUUAUCGGCGAAAAGUAA